AUGCCUGGUCCUCCAGGGACUGCUGGACUAAGAGGAGAACCAGGGAGACCUGGAGUACCAGGACCACCAGGGGAGAGAGGAGCAAAAGGUGAUCCUGGGAGCUUUGGACUGAAAGAGGAGGAGCUGGCGGACCUGCUGUGUAAAAAGGGCCCGAGGAGCUGCAAGAAGCUGUUGGCCAGAGAGAACACCCUGAGUGGCUGGUACAUGGUUUACUCUUCAGACUGCACUGCCAUGACUGUGCUGUGUGACAUGGCCACAGAUGGAGGAGGAUGGCCUGAUUGA